AUGCCCAGCCUGGCGAGUGCUGGCACCUCUGGCACCUCUGGCACCUCUGGCACCUCUGUUGCCUCACUAGAACACUUGGAUCCGCCCCAGUUGAGGGCCCACAAGUCUCUACGUCGCAGACCUAAUGUUCCCUUGAACUCUCCAUCCUCCACCUUAAUAAAACAAGUGGGCCACAAUGGCGUCCCGUCAGGGACAAGCCCUCUGGCACCAGCACCUGUUCGUCCCUUAACGCCCCCCGGUGUCGCCCCAACUGAAGACGAAAAUAUCCACGGGGCGCAUAUCGCAACAACACCUUCGCUACUCUCGAUAAGCGAUGCAAUAACUCCGAGGCCCUCGCAUCCUCCCACGCCCGAAACCACCCCGCCUCAAGUCGCUGCAUCGGCUCAUCGUCCGGCCCUCAAGCAACUCGCGCAGUCCUUCUCCUCGUCUCGGGCGGAUUCCUUUCGCACCGCCUUGGAAAUCAUCUCAGAUGCUGGAACUGAAAUUCCGUCUCGGUCAGCACGAUCCUCCUCGGUUUUAACCCGGCAGAACGACUCGUCCGAUCACAGCGACACGCGAAGCGGAGACACGACUCCGAUACCAUCACACUCACCUAAUCGGAAUCGUUCCUCGACACCAGAGAUGCCCGCAGCAGAGACUCGGAAAGAUGCAGCAGCAAUUCCACUGGAGCCGCCUCCCCGUGAACGAGAAUCUGCGUCUUGCCGUACCUCCCGCGUCGACCGCGACCCAGACACAGCGGAACAACGAUUUUACAUGGUCGGGUCGGAUGCAGACAGCACAGACGUGCUUCCCGUCCGUUCCAAAAGCCAACGCAAGCAGGGGGGUGACUCGCACGAGCCUGUAGGCGGGUUGUCAAUCGAGCAGUUCCGGGAGCAAAUCGGCUGGCCCCAGAUGGAACCACAGCCGGCCGAGCCAGACGCCUCUCGAAGACUAUCCAACGUGUCGACAUCAUCUACUGUAGAGGUCAUGAUUAUCGAUUCCCCGAGGUCAACUCAGCGAUCGCUGCGUCACACGGAGAAGAGGAGCUCUCUCCGCUCAGUCAGCUCUCCCUUGACCAAAUCGGAACACACAUCGCUUGUUUCUAACCCUGACUCGCAGCAUCGCCUGGUACACAAGAGUGCGCGAAUCACAGAGCAUGAUCGUCAGAGUGUUGCUUCGGAGAUGUCGUUAUCCGGAACUUCGGCGAUGAGCUAUCUCCCCCAGAACGUCGAAGUGGUGCCUGUGGUGGUGAUUCCUGAGCGACGUUCGUCCCUCAAGUCUUCGGCGUCGACUAGUCGGAAUACUUCCCAAAGUCGCUCCCGACAUUCGAGUCGGCGGGCACCAGUCGCCUCAGGAAGCCGACCUGGCUCACUUGAGCCUCCGCGUCGCAAGGAGCGGACGCUGUCUGAUGCGAGCAGCAGUGCGGACAAGCGGGCGCAAUCUCGAGGUCGAAGUGCCGGGCAGCCAGUCAUCCCGCAGCGUAACUCAUCAUUGUCCGCACCGACUAGUCGUAACAAUUCACGGACCACGUCUCUUACAUCUGAAAGCUUACGAGAUCACACGGCGGCGAUGGAGCAAGAGACGCGAAAGAAGCCGGCACCGCUGCCCCUGUCUCAGCCCGAGGGUGCUUCUCACCGCCGAGCCGCGCCGGAUGCGCCCGAGGCCGCCAAAACGCAAUCCAUCAUCAUUGGCGUCGAAGACAUGUCGCAUCUCCGGCCACCCUCCAUGCCGUAUACGCAGGUCUCCAUUCCUUCGUCCUCUCCCGGCGUGAUCGAAGUCAGUGAGGCGAGGACAGUCGCCAUCUUCCCGCACAACAACGAGUCAUUAUUGCUGGUAGAGCCACAAUCACAACCUAUCGCGCGUGUACAGAUUCCUGAUCUAGCAUCCCAGAACGAGCCCCACACGCCGGUCACGGCGACGCGAUUCGAGGUGGACUCGCCCUUGAAGAACCCGCGCCAACCCCCCAAGCCACCAGUCUGCCAAGUCUCGCCUCCUUCGCCCGUGCAAGACGCCAGUCGCCACCUGGGAGCGGCCGUGAGUGAGUCGACGGAUGCAAAUGGACGUCCAGCCCGCCGGUUUGGGUCCAUCCGACGUCCGUGGAUGAACCGCAAGGCGGGCAACGACAUGGACGGGCGUCUGCAGCCCUUCUGGCGCCCGCGCCGCUUCUGGGACGACUCGGAGACCGACAGUGCCUCCUCGCCGCGAGAGAACGGGAGUCCCGUUGACCAGCACCCGGAGCCGGACACGGUGAUCAAAAACUCGCUUGGGAUGCCUCAGCAGCGGGCUGUGCUGGAAGGGCCGUCCAUCUCGCGGCCCCCGGAGACCAGACGGCGGCUAGCCGCCCACCAUGCCAACCGUAGCACCCUGGUCGGCAGCCAAGUCUUCACGCCGGAGGCCCUGUACUCGCAAACCUCGCUCCACCACCAUCGCUUUCAAUCGCUGUCGUGGUGGCGGCUCCGCCUGCGGGCCGGCAAGGUGCGCAAUCUGCGCAGACGCAUACGACGAUCGUGGCAGCAGCAUGCCGAGCGGCGCCGCGAAGCCAAGCGCGAGAAGCUCAAACAGAGCAUCGGUGAUGCGGUGCUGGUCGAUUCCAGCACCAGCCCUCGACCAUGA